AUGGCGCCCGAAAAAGCCAAACCAGUUAAGAAAGCUGUCGAAGCAAUUAAGCCCUCUCCCAUCGCCACCAGGCAACAGGCCGCUCUUGCAACCAAAGAACCUAAUUCCAAUGAGCACCUCAUGAAAGCUCUCAAAGAACUAUUCUUGCCAAAAUUCGAUCUAAUCUCCUCAGAAAUUCAAACAAUCCAGUCCAACGUUCAGAACCGCUUUCAAAAUCUUGAAAACGCAAUUGACCAGAUUAACGGUUCCAUGACACAUUUGCAGGUAGAUCUCACCCAGAAGCAAACCAACCUGGAACAACAACUGCAACAGCACCCUCUACAUUUCAGGAGGCAAUCACCACUGAUCACCAAUCAAAUUCCAGUGCUAACUCCUCGAGAUGCAUCCAGCCCCACCACUCAUGCACGAAAUCGCAUUAUCUCACCUCCAGGAAAUCCUAAACCACAGGCACCUGUUGACCCCCUAGCAGGAGGAUUGCGUUAUUUCACACUUGUUUCCAAGAAUCAAGUUCUCUUCAAGGCGGGAUCCGCUGUAGAUCUUCAUUUCCCUAAUUCCUCCACUAUAGGCAUCCUUGUCCACAUCGAUUAUGCCGACAUAGCUCUCAACAAACUCCGUAUCAAAGGUCUUGAGCCAAUUUCUAACUUUGAUCCUUACCAUCCAGACACUCUUGGCGAUCCAGUCCUCCAGGCACUCUCCACCGAAGAACGCACAGUCAAGAUGAAAGAGAUCGCGGAUAAACAGUACCACACCGCCCUCGCCGGCCUCGUCCACAAACCCAAAGUUCAACUGGCAGUCGCCCGUGAUUUUCUUCGCAAAAACAAGAUCACCAAGCAAGCUCUCCAAGACCUUAUCCAACUCCAAAAAUCCACCGAGAAAGGCACCACCCCCAACACCUCAACUCAGCCCUCUAAAGGUGAUUUAUUCCGGCUUUUCGAGUCAGAAGAUGAUAUCAUGGAUGAACCAGGACCUCACCCCGACAGUAAUGACAACAACAGCACUAGUAUGGAUGCUACUGCAUCCUCAGUCCACCCUUCCUCUGCUGGUGGUGGUGAACCAGCCGUAGCUCACUAA